AUGGGCCCCUGUACCGCCUCCUCAUGCUGCUGCCAGGCCCGUAAUCUGCCAUGGGCCCCUGUACCGCCUCUUCAUGCUGCUGCCAGGCCCGUAAUCUGCCAUGGGCCCCUGUAAAGCCUCCUCAUGCUGCUGCCAGGUCCAGAGUCUCUCAUGGGUCCCUGUACGGCCUCCCAUUGCUGCUGUCUCCAUCGCCACACUCUGCCAUGUGCCACUUUCAGGUCUCCUCACACUGCUGGUGUGUUCCAUUUUUUGUCAUAGGGUGCUGGCAGAUUACGGGCCUCCCAUAGCUGCUGCCAGGCCCCUAAUCUGCCAUGGGCCCCUGUACCGCCUCCUCAUGCUGCUGCCAGGUCCAGAGUCUCUCAUGGGUCCCUGUACGGCCUCCCAUUGCUGCUGUCUCCAUCGCCACACUCUGCCAUGUGCCACUUUCAGGUCUUCUCACACACUGCUGGUGUGUUCCAUUUUUUGUCAUAGGGUUCUG